CUAUAUGUGCUUAUGUGAUAUCGAUACAAUUAAAAAAAUUUUUCUGACAGAAAAAUGCACACGUGCCGAAUUGUUAUGGAAUAUAAAUGUCAAAUAUCAUCAUUAUUAAUUUAAUCUUUAGAUUACGAAUUCAAAUAUGGCUCACGUUAAUCAAGAUCAAGGAAUAGGAGAACAUAUGGACUUUUUAACAAAGUUUCACAAUAUUUCGAAUAAAUUGAAAAAACGAUUUUUGAGAAAGCCAAACGUCUCAGAGGCAUGUAAUCAAUUUAGUGCCUUAGCCAGUGAAUGCGAACAGAAAGAAUUGUGGCAAUAUGCAGGUUUGUGUUGGUUGGCAGCUGCCAGAUGUCAAGGCACAUUAGAAAAUGCCUCUUCUGAAAUAAAUCUUCUGAUAAAAGCGGGAAGACAAUUUCUCAUAGCUGAGAAAAAAGACAAUGAUAUAGGAUGUCUCUCUAUAGGCCAUGAAAACAUUCAGGCAGUUGUGAGUUGUUUCGGCCAUUCUAUGGCAAGAUGCGGCAGUCAACCAGGAUUUAAUACAAUUUCUGCAGGUCUAUCAGUAGAAUUGGCAUUAGCAUUGGGUCCAAGUUCUGCUGGCAUUCAAUACCUGCGAAAAGCGAUUGAUAUAUUUCCCACAUCAAAAGCUAUUAAUACUUUAGUGUCUUUUCAUAUAAACCAAGGAGAUUAUGUAGUCGCACUACAGAUUCUUAACGAAUUCGUAGAAUUUGCAGAAGCUUGUGUUGUAGCUGGUGCCAGAGGAAAUUACAAUGGUAUUCUACAUAGAUGCGAGGUGACACGAGUACUUCUAUUACUCAUUCUUCAGCCAUCGCCGCAGAGAUUAACACCCUCUCUCGCACAAGUUCUCGAAAAAUAUGCAUGGGCCGAAGAAAACGUGAAUAAUAAUCUCAAUAUGAGUGAGGAUGAAUUAUUGUUGUUGCAAUCCCUGGUAUUAGCAUGCCAAUCUCAUGAUCAUCAAGCAAUAUUGGAACUGGAGAAUGAAUUGUAUUCUUACUUUGACACAGAACAAAAGGAAUUGUUACAUAAAUUGAUACAAGUAUUAUCGACGCAGUAAAUAUAUAAGAUAAUGAAACCACGAAACGUGCGACUAAUUUUUGUCCGGAAUUUCAUUCACUAUGGAAUAUCUUUCGUAAUUUUGUCGUACUAUGCAGUCUAUCGAAAUCAAAAAUCGAGACAUAUGCAUCGCAAUUUGUCGAGAAACGCGCGAAUAAAGGAUGUCAGAGUCCAGAGUUA